UCUGUUAUCUAGACGAAGGCCAGAGCGCUUAACGUGCCGAUCUGCCAUAUCAGUCAACAACUGGCACCGUAGACGUACCACGAAGCCCACCUGGAUUGAUGACCCAGGCCGGUCUGUACUCUCGGCUAGCUCAUAUUCCAGUGUCAGUAUGUGACCGUGGCAUGAACAGUUGGUUGUAGCGGUGCAGUAUUGACGGGGCCACCGGAAAACCAGUGUGACGUAUUAUCGCCAGUCGAGUUGAAAAAGUAUGACAUCUCUAGGCCGCCGCGAGCAGGUUUAUAAGCUAACUUGUUCUGAUUCAAUCCAGAAAUCCAGUGUUGUAGUAUGCCGCGCAGCAUCGCAAUACUUCCACAGCUGGUAGAUAAUCUCCAUUCCGACCCACAUUAUCUCCACAUUGCCAUAGAUGGUAUUUCGCCUUUGAGACUGUUCUGUAUAUAAUUUUGGUAUUCCUUCCUUCAUCCCAUGAACCUCCUCAAUAUCUCACUCUCGGCUCUACAGUUACUCUGCGGCAUUCCCAGUGCGGCAAAAUGAGCGCGAUAGUUCUCACGUGCUCCCCUGGCACGAAGUCUACCUACCAAGUCGUCUGGGUGAGGCUUGUACAUGUCCAAACAAGCAGCUCAUUGCGCUCAGAUACCCCAUACAUCGUCAAGAUCUUCGACCCGCGUUAUAGGCGCCGCUCUGACCGCCCAUGGUGGUACACCGCUGAAGCCGAGGCGGCUCGCAGUCAUGACGGUCAGCUAUAGUUCAAUCCAAAGAAGCGUCCAUAUCUACCAUACAAACGGUACGAGGAGAUCCCAGAGGAAUGGGAACUAGCGCCUCCCCAGGCCACGGCGCGGAUGCACCGCAACGAGUGCCUCGCAUACAAGCAUAUUGCGCGUCUCCAAGGGUCUACCUAGUGCCGGUCUUCUAUGAGUCUGGUACAUUGGACCUAUGCGGAUCCGAACCCCCUCGCACCGUCAACUCAUUGGUAAUAUACUUGGAGUACAUCCGCGACUCCAUCUCGCUCGCCGCGAUCGACUCUCCACGUCCUCCCAUGUGCUCUAUUAUCAGCAGUAACAAUCUCCUGACGAGCCACGGGGUUAUCCAUGCGGAUACAAAUCAAGUUAACUUUCUUCUUGUCCCUGCGCACAAGCCGAGCCAUGUUGUGCUCGUUGACUUUGCAGACUCGUGAACUCGAUGGCGGAAAGGACUGGGAGGAAGCAAAGCUUGAGUGGGACGUCGAACACGCGCGUAAGGUCAUGCUUACUAUCGAAUUCAAGGCUGCCGGGCUGCUUGUCCCUGAUAUUGCCAAAUUACUUGCCCUGUAAUUUUCAGCAUCAUAUUCUCGACGGUUUGCAUUUGAUUCGUCGAUUCUCUAACUCGAAAUCUGUAGCAACAGCUAGCCUCGUACAUGAUAGCCGGACUGUUAAGCUGGUGUGUGUUACUUAAUCACAAAUUAUCUCCCUUCGUAUGAUAUCUAUAA